UACUAAAGUUUCCUCUUUGCAAAAGCUUGUUAGGAAAAGUGAUUGACAUGUAUACCUAUGAGAAAAAGGGUUUACUGCAACACUUCUUUUAAUACACAUUUGUAAUGGAAUCGUUUCUGUUAUGAAAUGGUUGCGUACAAAUAUAAAAGUAUUGUUUUUAAGUGAAAAAAAAAUUAUUCUUUGUCCUCUAGCCGAUGAACAACCAGUUUAGUAACGACAGAGAAUUUGAGAAAUUUAAUGAUUUAAAUAAAAGUAACGAUAAUGUUGAAUUUAUUAAUAAAGCCAUUGUUCGACGGGGAUAUGCUUACUAUAUUCAUGAAGUUGCACACGAGAAUUUGGUUGGCUCCUUGAUAAAAAAUUUUCGUGAUUUGGAAACGUUCUCCAAUGUACCAGGAUUUUCUCGCGGAUUAAUUUAUCGUUCCGGCUACUUUGGUUCUUCUGAUCCAACAAAGUUGCUGCAUAUAUUAAAAUAUGUUUUGCAAGUUCGAUCUAUUAUAGAUUUAAGAGGGUUUAUCUUAAACGAACACGAUAAUCAUGAACGACUCCAAACAAGCAUGUAUCCAUUAAUUGACUCAACGUACCAACCCUUAGUGUACGAUUGUAUUUCUCACUGUUGGUCUCCUAUCUAUACAUCUUCUUCAAUUCAAUCGUCACAACAAGCUUGCCGUGCAUCGCGCCAUGCGUGGGAUUAUUCACCCUACGCUGGGGUAGAAAACCAAAAAGAUUAUCAUAUGUUUUCUUUUAAAACAGCAUCUGUAUGUCAAAAGUCUCUUUUCAGUCCACAAAAUCCUUUCCAAUGGAUGUAUGAUGCAUUGAAUGGUUUGAUUUCACUGCCAUCUUUUUAUAAUCGUUCAGAAAACGAUUCUUUAACAACAUCAUAUGAAAGUGAAAAUUAUUGUAAGAGGAUACUUGUUUCGGGAGCAGGUUUUAUAAAAGUCGUUUUAGAGACCGUGACAUCAGUUCCAAUGCCUUUGCUUAUUUGCUCAACCGACGGUGUGCAUCGUGUAGGAAUCAUCUCUUUAUUAAUAUUAGCCAUUGUUGGCGCUACUCAUGAAGUGAUGGUAACGGAUUAUUGCGCGUCUGAAGCUGGUUUAAUGUUAUUUGGGCAAAAUAGAAAUGAGAAACCUGGUGGAAAUGCUGAGAUAAAAUCUCAAAACAAUGUCACGUGUGAUCCUAAUCAUGUGAGACGCCUACUUGAAUUUAUAAAAAAUCGGUGGGGAUCGAUAGAAGGAUAUUUAGAUUAUAUUAAUUUCGAUAGAAAAUCUUGUAAAAAAUUAAGAAAUCGUUUAAUUUGGUCCGCUUCAUCAACAAACGUUCAGUAUAAAAUUCCAGCAAGUGCACCCUUUUGGACUGAAAGCUCUUUUACGUCGAUGCCCAACACAAAAAAAUUCCAAGCUUCUCCCGAAAUUUUAUUUUUUCCUAAUGCAUCCAUGCAAAGAAUUCUUCGGGUUGUUUUUUUAUUGGGAUUACGAGACACUUUGGAUUAUGUCUCAAUGGAAAAUUCAAACAAUGUUUAUUUGGUUGCUAAGGAAAAAUUACGGUCCAUGAAGAAAAAAUUACAGCACGAAAAAAAUAAAUUACGUUUACUGUGCGCUAAAGAAUCAAAACAGGAAUCUUGGCAUUUAUACAAUAAAAACCUAACACAUGAUGAGGCGUUAAAAUGGAAUAAAAAUGUUCAACAAUUGAAGGAACAAAUUGACAUGAAAAAAAAAAUACAUAAAAUCCAUCAAAGUAUAACAAAUAUAAAGAGAGGACUGCAAGAAAUAUAUUUAGCGCGGCAAAUUAUAUUAGAGAAAUUAACGGACGCGUUAUACACACUAACUCGUUCAGAUAUUGUCAAAUUUAUUUUAUAUCGAAAUACUCAAAUUUACGCAGAACGAAACCGCCGUAUUUCAGUGCGAAAGUGUCCCGAUCUUUUUGAUAUUUAUUUAGAUCAGCCGCAUAUUUUUUGUAAAAAAAAAGUCCGUAAAGUGCAAGAUAUCACAAAAAUUGUUGUCAAGUUUUUAAAAGAUACAAAUCAAAUCAAGUUUUUACCUUCUACAAAUAUAGCCUUUACCAAUUUUAAACGUGUUUUAGCUCGAUAUGAAAACAAAACUGAAAAACCUAUACGUUAUAUGGGUGUGAAACCACACAAAAGAAUAUCUUUUUUAAAACCAGAUUUUUUUUUUCAUGAAUUGUGUGAGAAUAAAAAAAAUUCUUCUUAUUAUAAUAAGAGAAAUGAUAGAGAGACCUUUGGUAAAGAAAAACCGUGGCCUAAAACCUUUGGUCAAUGGCUUAUGGAAUGUUGGAUGAUUUCACUCGACUCUCCCCCCAUUCCAGAUCCGUUUGAAGAAACGCGAGAUGAAUGCUUUGUGCCUCCGGAUAUUUUAGUAAAAUAUAUUCGUCAUCAAAUACACUUAAGACAAUGUCAUCAACCUUUAUUUGAUAAAAAGAAUAUGAAUAUAGAAGAAGCGCUCAUUGUUAAGCGUCCAGUUAAAAGGAAAUCUAAUUCGUUUUCAUUGUCUAACAAUAAAAACGUGUCGCAUGAAAAAAAAAUUUUAACUCUUUUAAAAGAACACCUUGAUAACAACACAGCCCAUACCUCUGAUUCCUUACCUAAUAUGGAGACUAUUAAUUUGAAACACAAUUCUACAAUGAAGCAAAAAACUCAUGCACUGUUUUCACCUUUGGUGCACUCUAAGAAAAUUCAACAAAGUCGCAAUACUGUAAGACUUUCAAAACUGCAUCUACUCGAAAAUGAGUGUGAAACGUCAAAGCCAGUAACUACACAACAACUAGGCCAUGGAGGAAGCCGUUCACAAGAAUCCACGCGACCUUUUCACAUGAAUAAUAAUAACCUUGAAAAAUUACUUCGUGGUGAUGCUAAAAACCUUCAAAGCAAUUCCCUCAGAAAUAAUGAUAUCCCCACUACUCCUAUAACCUGCAAUCAAGAUCAUUGGCAUGGCGAACCAAGAACAAAAGACUUGAAGCGAUCCUUUCAAAUUACUCAUCUAGAAAAAUUGCGUUUGAAACAAGACGUAUUUCAACCAGCAAAAAAUUUGGUUGGUUUUGUGACAGAACAAAAUCAAAUAGAUUGUAAUAAGCUUUUAUCGCAUUCUGAAGACGCCAACUCGCUGCUGCAUGGAGGCAAUGAUAAUUAUUCCGAUUUUGACAGUGAAGAAGAACGAGACUGGCUUAUUCAAGAAGUUUUGAAGGAUCCUUUAGUGAAUUUUUCAAUGAAACAGUUAAGGAAAAAGUCCUUGAAUUGCUUGGAUAAAAAAAGUGGAAACCAGUUGAAUUAUAAAAAUCUAAUUCCUUGUGAUGCUUUAUUUGGGGUACCGAAAUUUGAUGAAUAUCUUGCAAAUUGGUCGUUAAAUUCGUUCACAAUAAGUAAUAAGGGAUGUGAAUUAAUCAAAACGAUGUGUUUCAAUUCAGAGACAAAAUCAUCUGAAGAUAAUGAUUUUGAUAAUAGUAUUUUGCAAGAAGAAACUCGUCUUCAUAUGAUAUGAGUCAAUUCUUUUUUUAACUAAAACAAUUUUUUUAAUACCAUUCUCAUUUUAAACAGUAACAGUUGGACAGUAAUGAAUUUCACUUUUCGUUUCUUAUU